CAUUUUUCGUAGAUGUUCCACCACCAACCAGUGCCUUUUUCUUUCUUUCUGAAAACUUAAAUUAUGAUUGAGAGCCUCUCUUGUUUGUUGUUUACAUGAGUUUCCGGCAAUGAAUAGGGCCACGAAAGCAGCGUUAAUGAGCUCUCAGGCCAACCCUUUUCAACUAAGGGCUUCUCUUUUCCAUUCUUCCCCAAUCUUGGAACGCAGAAGACACACUCAUUGGGAUUCUGGCAAAAGUGCUUAUAAAGGCUCAUCAACGAAAUCAAACUUCUACUCGAGAAGAUAUAGGAAGCUGAACUCAAGGCGGGCACUGUUUGAGAGUGUCAAUGGAUUUGCUGAACAGUUUUUUCAGGGCUGGCAGCCUGACUGUGAUGAAUAUGACCCAUCUUCAAGCCGAGACAGUUCAUGGUUUAGACGAGAUUUCAGGGCCAGUGGAAACAAAAGGGGAAGAUCAAGGAGCAAGGGACAACAUCAACAGAGAGGGUUCCAAUUCUUUGAGGAUGAAGAUAUUGAGAUAGAGACCUUUUUCCGUUCAGCAUUUGGCGGAAACAAAUACUACUACUGGUCAUUUAUUAAUGAAGAACCACAAUGGAGGAACUCAUCAAGCUACUCUAACAGCCAUCGGUGGAAUUGGAGACAUCGAUACUCGGACUAUGAUGAGUCAACAGACUCUGACAAUUCCGGGUCAGAUUUGUGUUCAGAGCGUCUGACUCUUGGAUUGAACGCAUCUGGCCCUUUGAAUCUGGAAGAUGUUAAGAAUGCAUAUCGUGUUUGUGCACUGAAAUGGCAUCCUGAUCGCCACCAGGGCUCAUCUAAGGAAGUUGCAGAAGAGAAGUUCAAGGCCUGCAGUGCAGCAUAUCAAUGUUUGUGUGAUAAACUGGGAUUAAGUUAGUUAUGGAGCAGAUAGUGAUACAUACCCUAGAUUACUGGAUGAUGGUUAUUGGUCCCCAGAGGACGUGAGAUAUACUAACCUAUCAAUAAAAGAGGCCUUUUGUGAUAGAGGUUAAUUAUGUUUGAAAUGGCACUUGCACGAAUAGGAAGCUAUGGCGGAUGAGAUUUUAUCUGGAAGCAUUUCACAAAGCGUUUGUAGGAGAGUUCUUUUGCCAUGAUUCAAGUGUAAACAUAUGUAAUCUUGGCAAUAUUUUCUGUUCUUUUGUAGCUGUGUUGAGGAUGUUCUUGGCAAGCUAAACUACUAGCUAUCAGUUACCAUGAUAUAUUGUGAUUGGGUUUAUCCUUUAUUUGGGAUAAUUUCUGAGUUCUCCCUCUAGGCUUAGCUUUGGAAUAUUGAUCUUUUCUGUGGUUUACAAUGUUAUGUUUACCAUCUUUAUUUUGAUUUGUUGGAAGAAUUUUUUAACCUAUUUAUCAUUAAUGUAAAAGAGUUAUAAUUUGACUAGAUUACCCUUUUCUAUGACUAAACUCUUUUAAUUAAUUAA